AAAGAUAGGAUUCCCCAUCGACCAUUUAUCUACACUGAAGUUCUAAAAGUAAAGAUUUGACAGGAAGAAUCAUCAUGGCAGUCAUGAGAGCUCUUGUGCUUCUUUUCUUGGUCUUUUCUGUUGAGAGUGCACCAGCUCAUCGCUGCCCACAUGGAUGGACACCCUUUGGUGUGCAAUGCUACAAAUUCUUCUCUCAGUCAGUUGACUGGAUCACAGCUGAGAAAAACUGUCAAUCUAUUGAUGCUAAUCUUGCAUCUGUGCGCAGUACAAUGGAACACAACUUUCUCCUGAGUCUGAUUGUGUCUGCUAACACACGUGUUUGGAUUGGUGGCCAUGAUGGUGAAACUGAAGGACAAUGGCUGUGGUCUGAUGGAUCUCAAUUUCACUUUACCAACUGGUGCCCUGGAGAACCUAGCAAUAAUUUUGGUAAAGAGAACUGCCUGGAGAUAAACUUUACACAGAACCGUUGCUGGAAUGAUGCGGAUUGUUCAACCACAAUCAGCUACAUUUGUGCCCAACCUAUUAGAUCAUGAAAAAUCAAUCUGUUUCAAAGUACUAUGAUUUUACUACAUGCCUAUACAUUUUUUUCUGAUCUUAUUCUUAAAACUCAGUAUCUUACUGAAGCUUUCUGAAAACUUCUCCAAUCAA